AUGGCGCCUGCCCGGAAAGAAUCGUCGGUGGAGCUAUGCUCCCGAGUGAAUGCUCAGGGUAAUACUAUUGCUAUUCGUAUGCUGGAGUAUCUCAGUACUGCAAAAACCCCAGUCAAUGGAUUUCAGUCCCUCGCCGCAGAGUUCAUCGACCUCUGCCAGGUACUCUGGUCGAUCGAAGCUGGUCUCACAGAAGCCAACAAAUCACGCAAUGGAUUCCCCAUGGAAGUAUCCCAGGAACUUGACAGGCGUGUGCGCCAAGUCAAUGAAGAGUUCUCUGUCCUCAGCCAAAUGGUCAACAAAUUUGUAGAUAAAGAAAACCACAAAGGUGGCUUUGGCAUGAAGUUUCGCAUGAUGUUUGCCGACACAGACGUCGACAAGAUGCGGCAUACACUGACACGAAGCCGCGAUACCUUGAAAGUGAGCUCCGCCAUGUUCAGAUGGACACUCGGAGAGGCCAGAGCAGAUGCUUCAAUGGGAAUUGGAUACGCAGGUCUCAUUGCUGCAUUGGAGCGUCUGAGCCCCAGCACGGCUAAGAGUCUGCCACCACUACAUGCCGCCCCAACUUCAGAUUUGCCACCGGUGCCUCCUUCCAAGGCCCAUCCUUAUGCAGAUCCACAUGGUUUGGACAGGCCGUCUUUGAACCAACUCAGACACGAUGAACACUCCUAUCACAGCGACACAUCCCAUCAUAGACAUGAAGAAAUCUCACCAGGUAUUGUCGACCUCCACAAAAAUUGGCGACCACCCCCAAGUGGUAGCUCGAGCGACUCGACUAGGGACACCAUGUAUCAUCAGAAUAUCGGGUUUCAUGAGGAUUCUGGUUACGGAGAUGUUCGUUUGCACAACACUCGCUCCCCAACGCUUGAGGACAGGCUGCAUCAUCUUAACGUACAAGAUCGCUACGCCGACGACAACCAUACGCAUAACUCAUCAAAGGUAGACUCUCAGUCAGGCGGCUGGGCACCGCGCCAAAGUGGAGGUUCUAAGAACAUAGGUGGCAAGGGAGCUCUCCUAGAUGCUGUUGAACAGCGGAGACACCGAGUACUAGAGCAGUUGCUAGACGGUGGAGCAAAGGCAGAAUCUCACAUGGAGGCUGCUAUGCUACGGAUUGCUGCGCAAAAUCAGGACGUCCAAAGCAUAACCUUGUUGCUACGAUAUGGUGCGGAUGCUAAUGGCUUUGAUCGGGAAAGUGUAACGCCACUGUUUGCAGUCACACGCUCGCAAUGCUUCGAAUCUGCAAAGAUUCUCCUGAAGCAUGGGGCUGAUCCUAACCUAUCUGCGGGACCCGAUUCAGAGUCGCCAUUAUCUCUGGCUGCUAGCAAUAACUCGGCCGAGUUUGUUCAGUUAUAUCUCGCCCAUGGAGGAAAUCCCGACUUGAUUUUGGAGAACGGGUCGACUACUCUUAUUUCAGCAAUGAACAAGACUACAUCACCGAAGGUUGUGGAAAUGCUUCUAACAUCUGGUGGGGAUGCGAACGCAAAGAGCGGGGAGGGUACGACUGCGCUUUUCCAGGCCAUCCAAACUAAUCGCAUCGACCUGAUGUCGGUACUCCUUGACCACGGAGCGGACCCUAACCUGCCAGGCCCUAAACAUCCACUUUGGCCAUCAUGUUAUAAGCCGAAAGCUCUCCAACUGCUGUUAGAACGUGGCGCUGACACCAAGAAGACCCCCGGUGUCAUGGAAUUGGCGGCCAGUUUGAAGAAACUUGAUUCUAUCAAGAUCUUGAUCAAUCAUGGAGUCUCGCCGAACGUCAGGAAGGACAAUGUCUAUACACCGCUGUGCUCAGCUAUUCGCGACAAUAGCCCCGACAUUGUUACUUACCUUCUCGAAAAUGGUGCAGACCCAAACUACAACGCUGCCGAAUAUCCAGCUUUUAAGUGCAUCACCCACAAGCGCACUCAGUUUUUGCCACAACUUGUCGCUGCUGGUGCCGACCUCCACAAGCCAAAGGGAAUAAUUGAGACUGCUGUCAAGUUCAACGACAAGGAUGUCAUGCUCUACCUACUCGAUCAGGGCGUGAACCCCAAUGAUCGCACAGCUGACGGUUGCACCGCCCUGACUACCGCGAUUCGUGAGGACCGCGGCGAGCUGGUCGAUAUCCUGCUAUCCCGUGGCGCUGAUCCUGCCAUUCGUGGCCAAGAUUGGCCUUUGUGCAUGGCCGUGAAGCGGCCUACCAUCUUGAAGAAGCUGCUUGCCGCCACGCCCAAUCCUCGCGCCUUCCGUGGUGUUGUCGAAAUGGCCGUGGUUGCCAACCAGAUUGAGAGUAUCAAACUUCUUCUUGCAGCUGGCGUCAGUGUCGAAGACAAGAACUGUGGUGUCUUCUCUCCCCUUACUACAGCUAUCCGCGAGGAGCGCAAGGACAUUGUCCGCUAUCUGCUUGACGUGGCAAAUGCGGAUCCCAACGCCCCUGGAGAGCAUCUUCCCAUUGUAAAGGCUCUUCGCCGAUACUCUGGAGAUACCGAGAUCCUUCAGAUGCUGCUCACACGUGGCUCCGACAUCAACAAGAUGCAUCGUGGCUGGAACGCCAUCCUCCAAGCUGUCGAGAACGGCGAUGCAGAGAUCCUGAAGCUGCUCAUUGACAUGGGCGGCCCCGUCGAUCUUCAAGUUACAGAUGAGUCUGGCCGAGCUGUCAUUGACAUCGUGACCGAGCGCGGGUGGGAAGAAGGUCUCGCACUAUUAUUUCCCAAUGCUGCGCAGAAGGUCGGAGCUCGGCAGCGUAGCUUCUCAAUAUCUGACUGGCGCUGGAUAGGCGCAGCGCUCGACAAGGACGGCAUGAGAUCCGACGACGACGACAGUUGCAGCCAAGCAUCGAGUGCGAUAUUACCCACGGCAUAA